GAGAAGAAGAAGAAGGCAUAUUUUGGUUCCAGGGCUGGUAUAACUCUUCAGCUAAACCAGUGCAUAUUUAUUUGAUGCAAAAGGAAGCGUUUAAUAUCGGAACCGAGGAUUCACAGCAGGCAGCAGAAACGCGUUAGAAAUCUCUCCAUGUUUCAUUCCAGCAGGUGUUCACUUCAAGCACGGCGAUGUAUACGUGCACUAAAAGCCCUUCAGACGGACCGGGUGGCGCUGCAGGUCUCCACAAGGCAAUGCUCUUCAGCUCCCGUGCCAAAAAUUACAUCCCAUUACACCAUCUAUCCUCGAGACAAGGAUCCACGAUGGGAAGGUGUAGAUAUGGAGCGUUUUGCAGACGAGGCAGACGUCGUGAUCGUGGGCGGCGGCCCUGCAGGUCUGUCGGCAGCCAUCCGACUGAAGCAGCUGGCCAAUCAGCACGAGAAGGAGCUGCGAGUGUGUGUGGUGGAGAAGGCGUCUCAGAUCGGCGCUCACACACUCUCCGGGGCCUGUUUAGAACCCAGCGCUCUCUCUGAGCUCUUUCCAGAUUGGAAAGAGAGAGGGGCGCCGCUCAACACAAAAGUUACAGAGGACAGAUUUGCAAUUCUGACAGAAAAAUACAGAAUCCCCGUGCCAAUACUUCCAGGUCUCCCGAUGAAUAACCACGGGAACUACAUAGUGCGUCUGGGACACUUGGUGCGCUGGCUGGGUGAGCAGGCUGAAGAACUCGGGGUUGAACUGUAUCCAGGCUACGCUGCAGCCGAGGUGUUGUUCCACGAGGACGGAAGCGUGAAAGGAAUAGCCACUAAUGACGUUGGAAUCGCCAAAGACGGCUCCCCUAAGGACGUGUUUGAACGAGGGAUGGAGCUCCACGCGAAGGUCACGCUGUUCGGAGAAGGAUGUCACGGUCACCUGUCCAAGCAGCUCUACAAACGGUUUAAUCUGAGAGAGAAUUGCGAGCCACAGACCUACGCCAUCGGCCUCAAAGAGCUGUGGGUUAUCGAUGAGAAGAAAUGGCACCCAGGUCGGGUGGAGCACUCUGUUGGUUGGCCUUUGAACAGAAACACGUACGGAGGCUCUUUCCUCUACCAUCUGGACGAAGGAGAGCCGCUGGUGGCACUGGGCUUAGUUGUUGGUUUGGACUACACUAAUCCUUAUCUGAGUCCGUUCAGAGAGUUCCAGCGCUGGAAGCAUCACCCGUCCAUAGCUCCCACUCUAGAGGGAGGAAACAGAAUUGCUUACGGAGCCAGAGCUUUGAACGAAGGAGGCUUUCAGUCUGUACCCAAGCUGACGUUCCCCGGCGGCGCUCUGAUCGGCUGCAGCCCAGGCUUCAUGAACGUCCCCAAAAUCAAAGGAACGCACACGGCCAUGAAGAGCGGCAUACUGGCGGCGGAGGCCAUCUUUAGCAAACUGACAGAUGAGAACAUGGAGUCCAAGACGGCAGGUAUACAUGUUCCUGAGUAUGAGGAAGAUUUGAAGAAAUCCUGGGUCUGGAAGGAGCUGUAUUCUGUGAGGAACAUUCGGCCAUCGUUCCAUAAUUACUUCGGCUUAUAUGGAGGGAUGCUGUAUACUGGGAUCUUUUACUGGAUACUGAGAGGAAAAGAGCCAUGGACACUUAAACACUGUGGUGUGGACUCCGCCCAGUUGAAGCCAGCGAAAGACUGCACCCCCAUUGAGUACCCAAAGCCUGAUGGGAAAAUCAGCUUCGAUCUCCUGUCAUCUGUGGCGCUCAGCGGGACGAAUCAUGAGCACGACCAGCCUCCUCACCUCACUCUGAAGGACGAUGGUGUUCCUGUAGCACAGAAUCUCGCCGUAUACGACGGUCCGGAGCAGAGGUUUUGCCCUGCAGGUGUGUACGAGUUUGUUCCUCUGGAGUCAGGUGACGGCAUGAGGCUACAAAUCAACGCGCAGAACUGUGUCCACUGUAAGACGUGUGAUAUUAAAGAUCCCAGCCAGAACAUCAACUGGGUUGUUCCUGAGGGCAGCGGAGGUCCUGCCUACAACGGCAUGUGAUCAUUUGUGUCUGUUAGGGUACAUUUCUUGAGGUUUUGAAUGUUUGUGUGACUCCAGAUCAGGUUAUUUCCAUCAUGUAAAUGAAUGUGUAAUUAUCCUUCAUGACUUAAGUGGCAUUAAUUAUUUUAUGUUUCUGGUUCGAAAGCUUACUAAAACAGUAAGACUUUUUUUCUCUAAAAAAAUUAACCUAGUGAGGUUUGUCUGUAAAAGCACACAUGCAAAUAUGAGCUCGGGUCAAUGUUAGAUAUUAGCAUGUAAGCUAUCGGCAGGACCUCAGUGGCACUGUACAUUAUAUGAAGUCAAGCUGAUGGUAGAAUAAAUUGAUUUUACUAAAUCUCAAGAA